UCAAGGUCAGGUUUUUUAAUUAGGGGAUGGAUAACUGCCAGUUUGAAGGAUUUAGAAAUAAAGUUAUUAUUUUAUAGAUCUUAAACAUCAACAGAUCAAGAGCCAUGGCGCAUCUGAUACGGCACAAGAUCUCAGAUAAAUUCUUCAGUUUAAUGAGCAGCGCGUCCCAGAAAUCCGAGGCGAAGGUGAGCGGGGUGUUUGCGCGCCUCGGCUUCCAGGCGGCCAGUGAUGAGGAAGCUGUCGCCUUCGCUGAUUGUGAUAGACUGGAUUACGAUUACAGACAAGGGCUGAAAAUGGACGAGGUGAAGACGACCGGGGAAAGAGAAGGAACGGUAGCGGGAGACUGUCAUUACCAAAGACGCGACACCGGUCCUUCAGGAUCCCGAAAAAACAGCGACUCGAGCGCGGAGCGCGGAGCACAAGACACGCCGAAAAUCACUGCAUGGGAUGCGGGCUGGAACGUAACCAAUGCAAUACAGGGCAUGUUUGUAUUGGGCCUCCCCUAUGCCGUCCUGCAUGGUGGCUACCUGGGCCUCUUCCUCAUCAUCUUCACCGCUGUGUUGUGCUGCUACACAGGAAAGAUCCUCAUUAUGUGCCUCUAUGAGGAGAACGAGGAGGGAGAGCGUGUGCGUGUGCGUGACUCAUAUGUGGACAUUGCGAAUGCUUGCUGUGCGCCACGCUUCCCUGUGCUCGGUGGCCAUGUUGUGAAUGUGGCACAAAUAAUCGAGCUGGUGAUGACAUGCAUCCUUUAUGUGGUCGUCAGUGGCAACCUGAUGUACAACAGCUUUCCGAGUUUGCCUGUUUCGCAGAAGGCCUGGUCAGUGUUUGCCGCUGCAGCGCUCCUGCCAUGCGCCUUCCUGCGCAGCCUGAAAGCCGUGUCCAAGCUAAGCCUACUGUGUACAGUCAUGCACUUCAUCAUCAAUGUAAUAGUGAUUGCUUACUGCCUGGCCCAUGCGCAGGACUGGGCAUGGGACAAGGUCAAAUUUUACAUUGAUGUUAAAAAGUUCCCCAUCUCUAUUGGCAUUGUUGUUUUUAGUUACACGUCACAGAUUUUUCUGCCUUCACUUGAGGGCAACAUGCAGAAGCCCUCUGAGUUCCAUUGCAUGUUAGAGUGGACACACAUUGCUGCAUGCAUCCUCAAGGGCCUGUUUGCUCUUGUAGCCUACCUCACAUGGGCGGACGACACAAAAGAAGUAAUCACUGAUAACCUGCCGCCUGGCAUACGGAUGUGGGUAAAUAUAUUUUUGGUGGCCAAGGCAUUGCUCUCCUACCCUUUGCCCUUCUUCGCUGCUGUAGACAUCUUAGAGAAGUCCCUCUUUCAAGAUAGAGAUGGGGCCAUAUUCCCAAAAUGCUAUGGCACAGAUGGGAGGCUUAAGUGCUGGGGACUUGCCAUGAGAAUUGGGCUUGUUGUUUUCACCCUUCUCAUGGCUGUCUUUGUCCCACACUUUGCUCUGCUCAUGGGUCUGACUGGAAGUCUAACUGGCGCCGGACUGUGCUUCCUGUUACCCUGCUUAUUUCACCUGAAGCUUCUUUGGCGCAAGCUUCUAUGGCAUGAGGUCUUUUUUGACAUUUCCAUCUGUAUAAUAGGAGGCAUAUGUAGCAUUUCAGGGUUUAUUCAUUCCACUGAGGGACUCAUUGAGGCCUUUUAGUAAAACACCCACGAAGAGACUAUCGGUUUUCUUCAAAGCUUUGCAACACACAGAAAUGUGUUUCAAUUAAAAUCAGUUUAGUACUGAACAAAAUGAUAAUAAAAAUGUAAUUCUUUUUAAAGUUUGUUGUGAUAGUCUGUUGUUAAUUGUGUUAUUUAAGAUAUUAAUCUUAAUAACUCCUUAGCAAUAAAUAAUUAAAACAUUUAUCAUGGCGAGCACAAAACCCAGCACACAUGCCUUGUGUACAAUUAUUUCCAGGGAAAUAGAAAUCAACAUUAAACAUUAGAAAAUAGAAUUAAUAAUGCUGGAAAGACUAUCAUUUGAAGUGACCAAAAGCAACAUGUAUUAUUGUUUUUCUUCUCUUUAUUUUUAGCUAAAUGUGUUUUUGCUAAAGUACAUGUAAAUGAGUGAAAUGAGAAGUGAGCUCUGAGAUUUUAUUAAAAAGAGGAAUCCAAAUAACAAAUCAACAGAGUUAACAAGAAGUGUCAAAUUUAGUCUAAAAAUGUAGUUUCUUGCUCAGUAAAUUAUUAUAUUACAGUGAUUUUUCACCAUUUUUACAUGUUUGGUUGGACUGUUUAAUAUUCAGUGUUUGUAUUCAUGUGCUGCAAAACUGGGAUGUAGAAAAGUAAAAAAGUGAGUUGUGUGUUUAAUGUAACCCAAAAUGUGGAUGGCUUUGUUGUGCAUUCAUAAUGUGGAGGAUAUAAGGAAAAAGAAAGUGUAAA